GCUCCUCUUAUUAUAAGGGAUAACCGCCUAACCCCGGUCAUCCCUGUAUCCUUGAUCCUCCCUGCCGUCGUUCCUUCCGCCCCCCUUUUCUGUUGUUUAGGUUUUUUCUCGCACACCCCUCUCCCUCUCUCUCCCCGACAUCGAUAUUGAUGGGAUCUCACCUGCUCGCCGAGUUGACCUCCUCCUCCUCCUCCUCCCUCGGCUCCUGCCCUCGUUGUUCCUGUUGUUGUUUCUGUUGAAUUGCUGGUCGUGUUGUUUGCUUCUGUUCUACGUUCCCAAGAUUUUACUCUAUGGAUAUCACCCACUCUCAAUCAAAUCACUCACUGGAGUUCCACGCUGCUCCGCCUCCGCUGUCGGUGCGCGGUCCGAUCCCGGAUGAUUCGAUCUCGUUCCAGAUCGACACCGGGCACCGGGACUCGCCUCGCAAUCCUCGAUCGAUCCCACUGCAGCUCCUCGACCAGCAUCCGGAGACCUCCCGUGACGGGUCCCUGCGGACGCACGAGGUGGAGGAAUCUGACGAGGAGCAACAGGAGGAGGAAUUCAGGAUUCUCGGGUAUGCCAUGUGCAUCAAGAGGCCGAGGAGAGGGGAAUCGAGCUCCUCUUGCUCCUCUACCUCUGUGCUCCCUGCAGCCAAGAAAGGGAAGGUGGAACCCGAUCUUGAGACUCGGAAGGCUGCUGUCCAUGCCUGGGGAAACCAGCCUUUAUCUGUGGCCGAUCCAGAUAUAUUCAAUAUCAUGGAGAAGGAGAAGCAGCGGCAGGUGCAGGGAAUUGAGCUCAUCGCAUCCGAGAAUUUUGUGUGCCGUGGGGUGCUUGAUGCCCUUGGUAGCCAUUUGACCAACAAAUAUUCCGAGGGGUUCCCUGGUGCUAGGUACUAUGGUGGGAACCAGUACAUUGAUCAGAUAGAGCGGUUAUGCCAUGAACGCGCGCUCACAGCAUUUGGUCUCGAUCCUGAACGCUGGGGGGUGAAUGUUCAGCCUUAUUCGUGCACCUCAGCCAAUUUCGCUGUCUAUACAGGUUUAUUACUCCCGAAAGAUAGAAUUAUGGGUUUGGAUUCACCUUCUGGUGGGCAUGUUAGCCAUGGGUACUAUGCGCCUAGUGGAAAGAAGAUAUCAGGGGCGUCCAUAUUCUUUGAGAGUUUUCCAUAUAAGGUAAAUCCAGUCACAGGAUAUAUCGACUAUGAUAAAGUUGAAGAGAAGGCCAUGGAUUACCGCCCAAAGAUACUGAUCUGUGGUGGGAGUUCAUACCCAAGGGAGUGGGAAUAUGCUAGGUUUAGGCAAAUUGCAGAUAAGUGUGGAGCAGUCUUGAUGUGUGAUAUGGCUCACAUUAGUGGACUUGUGGCUGCUAAGGAAUGCUUGAGCCCCUUUGAUUACUGUGAUAUUAUUACUUCGACAACCCACAAAGGCCUAAGAGGUCCUAGAGGUGGUAUAAUUUUCUUCAAGAAAGGUAAAAAACAGAAAUUGCAGGGGGGUUUUCCUGGUCAAACAGACGGAAAUGACAAAUAUGAUUACAAGGAGAGGAUAAAUUUUUCUGUUUUCCCAACACUUCAAGGAGGCCCUCAUAAUAACCAUAUAGCUGCUUUAGCUGUAGCUCUAAAGCAAGUAGCUACACCUGAAUACAAGGCCUAUAUUCAACAGGUCAAAAGAAAUGCUCAAGCAUUGGCAUCAGCUUUACUAAGAAGGAACUGCAGAUUGGUUAGUGGGGGCACAGACAAUCAUUUAUUACUUUGGGAUCUCAGGACUUUGGGCUUAACAGGUAAGAUAUUUGAAAAGGUUUGUGAGGCGUGUCACAUUUCUCUGAACAAAACUCCAAUAUUUGGUGAAAAUGGUGCUAUUUCUCCUGGAGGUGUCCGGAUAGGUACACCUGCUAUGACAUCAAGAGGUUGUUUAGAUGGAGAUUUCGAAACAAUUGCAGAGUUUCUCCUGCGAGCUGUACGAAUAGCAAAUAACAUUCAGAAGGAACAUGGCAAAAUUCAGGAGUUUAUCAAGGGCCUGGAGAGCAGUAGGGAUGUCAUUGAACUUCGCAACGAGGUCGAGGCCUUUGCUUCACAGUUUGCAAUGCCCGGAUAUGAUACUUAAGUAACAGUGAUGGUUCAGUGAGGUACAGUUUUGUGGGCUUUACACUCAGUCGUCUUACCUUCUGUACAAAUGGUGUUUUUUAAUUUUCCUGAAUCAAAUGGCGUAGAUCCUUCCUCACGAUCCCGUAUUGACGGGAGCUUGCACUAGGUUUACCCUUUUUGAAUAUAGCUGCAUUUUCACACUUUCUUUUAAAAAAAUUUUGGAACCAUGUAAUCCCCAUACGGAAACCUAUUCAAUUUACACUUGAAUAUUACCAACUGUAACAUGUAAGGUAUUUUUAAUUAGUUCGAUCCAUGUCAGUUAUUCAUUUUUAA